GUGUGUCUCCGCUCGGUAGGCUGCAGCCUUCAGCAGGGCUGUGAAAGACAGCGGCAGGAGCCAUUCAGCGAGUCGGCUCUUUUUCGGCGCACGCACUCGCUCCACCCGGGUCGCGACCGUUACUGGUGGCGCGCGCGGGGACUCAAAAUAGGUAUGAAGACACAGGGAGACUUUGGGCCACAAGGGAACCCACUGAGGUGUGGACCAAAGAUGGUGGCUAAUUGAAUUGGAGCCAAGCGUGGUGGGCGCCCGCUGAGUUGGCCUAUCAUAAGGACGGAGUUGACUGCAACCUCCGCCUCCCGGUUUCUCCGUGGGGCGUCCUACUUUCCCUGUCAACAGUUUCCCUCUAGAGUGGCAUCUUUUCAGAUCAUGGAGGACACUCAGGCUAUUGACUGGGACAUUGAAGAAGAGGAGGAGACGGAGCAAUCCUGUGAAUCCUUGGGGUGUAACCCAGAGCCAGUAGGGCGGCUACGUAUCUUUAGUGGUGCCCAUGGACCAGAAAAAGAUUUCCCACUAUACCUUGGGAAGAAUGUGAUAGGCCGAAUGCCUGGCUGCUCUGUGGCCCUGCCCUUUCCAUCUAUCUCCAAACAACAUGCAGAGAUUGAAAUCUCAGCCUGGGACAAGGCACCUAUCCUCCGAGACUCUGGGAGCCUUAAUGGUACUCAAAUCCUGAGGCCUCCUAAGGUUUUGAUUCCUGGGGUGAGUCACCGUCUGAGGGACCAGGAAUUGAUUCUCUUUGCUGACUUGCCCUGCCAGUACCGUCGCGUGGAUGUCCCCCUGCCCUUUGUCUCCCGGGGCCCUCUGACUGUAGAAGAGACACCCAGGGUACAGGGAGGAACUCAACCCCAGAGGCUUCUGUUGGCUGAGGACUCAGAGGAGGAAGUAGAUUCUCUUUCUGAAAGGUGUGUGGUAAAAAAAUCAAGGACGACAUCUUCCUCCAUGGGAAUGAUAGUUCCAGACAGUGAUGAAGAGGGGAAUUCCCCUGUCCUGGGUGGCCCUGGGCUGCCUUUUGCCUUCAAUUUGAGCAGUGACACAGAUCCAGAAAAUCAGCAACUAGCCACAGAGGAGGCCUCCUCAGCUGCCAGAAGAGGUGCUGCUAUAGAGCCAGAGCAGUCUGAAGCUGAAGUCACAACUGAAAUCCAGCUUGAAAAGAAGCAGCCUUCAGUGAAGGAGAGGGAUGAUGACACAGAAGUCAAGAGGGGUGCAGGGAAUGGGAUUGUUCCAGCUGGGGUGAUGCUGGAGAAGAGCCAAUCUCCUGCAGAGGACAGUGACACAGAUGUGGAUGAUGACAGCAGGCCUCCUGGAAGGCCAGCUGAGGUCCGUUUAGAAAGGGUUCAGCCUCUUGGCUUCAUUGACAGUGACACUGAUGUAGAAGAACAGGGGAUCCCAGCAACCCUAACUGUAGUUCCUAUGAAGAAGAGGAAGAUCUUCCAUGGAGUUGGUAUAAGGGGUCCUGGAGGACCAGGGCUGGCCCAUCUGCAGGAGAGUCAGGCUGGUAGUGAUACAGAUACGGAGGAGGGCAAGGCCCCACAGGCUGCCCCUCUUGAGAAAAGCCAAGCUUCCAUGGUGAUCAAUAGUGAUACAGAUGAUGAGGAAGAAGUCUCAGCAGCGCUGACUUUAGCACGUCUGAAAGAGAGUCAACCUGCUCUAUGGAACAGAGAUGCAGAAGAGGACAUGGCCCAACCUGUGGUCCUUCUCCAGAGAAGCCAAACCACCACUGGGCGAGACAGUGACACAGAUGUGGAGGAGGAAGAGCUCCCAGUGGAAAAUAGAGAAGCUCUCCCCGAGGGUCACACAAAGAUUAGAGCCCUUGUUAGAGCACAUUCAGGAAAAAACGAGCCUUCAUUUAGGGACAGUGUUAAGAGUGUGGAAGCAGAUAAGAGUUCACCUGGGAUCCACCUGGAGAGAAGCCAAGCCUCCACCACAGUGGACAUCAACACACAAGUGGAGGAGUCAGCCAUGGUGUCUAUGCAGGGGACAAAUCAAACAGAUGUGGAAGCAGAUUCUGAAGAUCUGGACCUACAAGCUACCCAAUGCUUUCUGGAGAGAGAGAAUCAGAACCUAGAAGCAGUCCAGAGUAUGGAGGAUGAACCUACCCAGACCUUCAUGUUGACUCCACCCCAAGACCCUGGCCCUUCCCAUUGCAGCUUCCAGACACCAGGUAGCCUAGAUGAACCAUGGGAGGUCCUGGCUACACAGCCAUUCUGUCUGAGAGAGUCCAAGGACUCUGAGACCCAGCCUUUUGACACCCACCUUGAGGCCUGUGGAUCUUGCCUGUCUCCACCUAGGGCAAUACCAGGAGACCAACAUCCAGAGAGCCCAGUCCACACAGAGCCAAUGGGGAUUCAAGGCAGAGAGAUGCAGACUGUGGAUAAAGAUAUGGGUAUACCAAAAGAAAGGAUGGCCCCUGAGAGAGCGCCAUUGGAGAGGGAAACUGAGAAACUGCUGCCAGAAAGACAGACAGAUGUGACAGGAGAGGAAGAAUUAACCAGGGGGAUACAGGACAGAGAACAAAAACAGUUGUUAGCUAGAGACAGUCAGAGACAAGAAUCUGGCAAAAAGGAGGAAAGUGCAAGUCCUAAAAGAGAUAGGGAGAGUUUGAAGGUAGAAAUUGAGAUAUCUGAGGAAAUACAGGAGAAAGAAGUAGAGAAGCAGACCCUUCCAAGCAAAACAAUUGAGAGAGAAGUAGAGAGACCAGUAGCAGACAGAGAGUGUGAGCCAGCUGAGUUAGAAGGGAAGGUGCCCAAAGUGAUCCUGGAGAGAGGCACACAGAGAAGGGAGCCAGAGGGAAGGAGCCAGGACCAGAAACGGCAGGCCUCCAGCCCAACACUGGAGCCUGGGGUGGGGGCAAGGGAGUUUCCAGAAUCUGUCUCAGCCCCCAUACCUUCUGGGAGCCAGUCAGGUGGAAGGGGAUCCCCAGUGAGCCCCAGGAGGCAUCAGAAAGGUAAGUUAAGGCAGACAGGAACCCAAGAUGGUACAGGGGCUUCAUGAUAAACCCUGAGCAACCAGCUGCUUGUAACUCAGCCACCUUUGUGUUUACUUUCUGUCUAGGCCUGAAUUGUAAGAUGCCACCUGCUGAGAAGGCUUCCAGGAUCAGAGCUGCUAAGAAAGCUUCCAGGGGUGAACAGGAAUCUCCAGAUGCUUGUCUACCUCCUACAGUGCCUGAAACGUCAGCCCCACCCCUGAAGCCCCUUAACUCUCAGAGCCAGAAACGUCUUGCACCUCAGCCCCUUCUUUCUCCCUUUCCACCUUCUGUCGAGCUAACCAUUCCUAAGACCAGGCAAAAUGGUAAUCAGGAAGCUCCAGAGACUCCCUUGUCCUCAGAGCUGGAGCCUUUUCAUCCAAAGCCUAAAAUCAUAACUCGGAAGUCCUCCAGGAUAACACCCUUUCCAGCUACCUCUGCUGCCCUUGAGCCCCACCCUUCCACCUCCACAGCCCAGCCAGACACUCCCAAGCCCACAUCUCAGGCCACUAGGGGCCAGACAAAUAGGUCCUCUGUCAAGACCCCUGAAACAGUUGUCCCCACAGCCCCUGAGCUCCAGCCUUCCACUUCCACAGAUCAGCCUGUCACACCUGAGCCCAUAUUUCAGGCUACUAGGGGAAGAAAAAAUAGAUUCUCUGUCAAGAACCCUGAAA